AAAUCGUAUUUCCGGUACGGAUCGAGUAGUGACAGGACCACUGAUCUAUAAUAUAGAUCAGUGGACAGGACUGUAGCCAGGAAGGACGCAAUUGCGUCUGAGAAGCACUCAUAGUGACUGUAGAGAGCAGCUGGUGGACUUUUAUUUUGAUCUGGCGAUGUGGCGUCAGAAGAACGCGUCGUGCUCCUGCAUCUGUGUUUAACAAGAACAAAGCUCCUGCUGAAGCAAUUAAGAUCCAUGUGACACGCUAUUAUAAAGAUGGCAUUAAUUAAAGAGGAGAGUGAAGACAUGAAGAUUGAAGAAGCAUUCAGAGUCAAACAAGAAGAUUCUGAGGAACAAACAGACCUGAUGGCGUUGAAAGAGGAGAGUCAAGAUCCGGAUGAAACAGAAGAGAAAGAUCUGCAUGAAAAACACGAUUUAAUUACUGGAGAAAUUUCUUUUUGUAGUUCACAGACUGAAAAGACUGGAACUCCGAGUCAUUUUACUUGCCAACAUUGUGGAAAGAUUUUAAAAUCGAGAGAAAACCUUAAAAUCCAUAUGAGAAUUCACACUGGAGAGAAGCCUUUUACCUGCCACCAGUGUGGAAAGAGCUUUCCACGAAAAGAUAAUCUUAGGAUUCACAUGAGAAUUCACACUGGAGAGAAGCCUUACACCUGCCAACAGUGUGGAAAGAGCUUCCCCCGAAAAGAUAAUCUUAAAAUUCACAUGAGAAUUCACACUGGAGAGAAGCCAUUUGUAUGUGGUCAAUGUGGAAAGCGUUUCCCACAUAAAGCAACAUUUUAUACUCACAAGAGAAUUCACACUGGAGAGAAGCCUUACACCUGCAAACUGUGUGGAAAAACUGUGAAUCGAAAAGGAAAUCUUACGGCUCACAUGAGAGUUCACACUGGAGAGAAGCCUUUUGCAUGUGAUCAGUGUGGAAAAUGUUUCGUACGUAGGGAAGGCCUUAGUAAGCACAUGGAGAUUCACUCAAGUGAGAGCUGUUUUAUAUGCCCUCAGUGUGGAAGUACAUUCACAGACAGGAAACACUUAAAGAGCCAUGUAAUAACUCACAUGGGACAGGAGCCUUUUAUGUGUCAUCACUGUGGAAAGACUCUCACAAAAAAAGCAAACCUCAAGACUCACAUGAGAAUUCACACCGGAGAGAAGCCUUUCACAUGUGAACAAUGUGGAAAGAGUUUCAGACAGAAAACAACCCUUUAUACCCACAUGAGAGUUCACACCACAGAGAGGCCUAUUCGAGUAUGCUUAGUGUGAGUUUCCAGGGCUUGAAUUUCAGCGCGGGAAUUGCGCAUAAUUUAACUUUUAUAAUGUGAGAAAUUCCCGCACUAAUGUAUUUGCCUCAUCUCAGAUCUAAUUAUGAAACACAGCCACAGAAGCGAAAAAAGAAAUCACCGGUUCAAACAGUCUGUCUAUAUUUUAGAAUUUAAUUCCACAAACAGCGCUGCACCGGCCUUCUCUGACUCUCGUUGAGUCCUGUAGCAUCGGCGUGCUCUCCGUGGCCUGUGUCGCACUGAUCUUAUUCAUACAAGGCUGUGUGACGCGCUCUAAUAUUCUGAGUUGCACGCAAAUGCAUAUUUGUGUUUGCGCUGAGGGGAGCUUUAAAGGUUUUUACGUGUUUUUGCAGUGUUGAGGAAUGUAUCACAGACAUUGCCAAUCUCACGAAUCCUUUCAUAAACAAACAAUGUAAAUAAGAGAUUCAUUGUGCAGUGUAGAGAGCUUCGUUGAUUAUAAUGGAACUUUGUAUGAUCGCGAUGAACUAAGGAGAGUGACAGAUUUAAUGAUUAUUAAUGGAGUUUGUAAAUGUGAUAUUGAUUUAAUAGGCUACAACAAAUCAAUAAACAAGAAGAAAUUCAAAACGCAAACAUAACAAAGAACCAUAAAAAAAACCUCGACUAACCAAAAUCCUGCUUGAAGAGCAAAGUCUUACGCUGUUUUUUAAAAAAUUCAACAAAUAAAUUCUAUACUGGACUGGUAACCAGUGAAGUGCUUCUAAAACCGGUGUGAUGUGUUCUCUUUUCUUAAUGUGAAUUAAAAGCCUUGCAGCAGAGUUCUGAACAGCCUGGAGACGAUAAAGCUCCUUCUUACUCAAACAAAAAAGACUGUUACAGUAGUCUAAACGAGAGGAGAUGAAUGCAUGAAUGAUCAUCUCCAACUCACCCUUAGCCACAAAUGAUCUUAAUUUGGAAAUGUUCCUCAGUUGAAAGAAACAGUUUCUAACUAAUUGUUUAGAGUGGAGCUCCAAGGACAUAGCUGAUUUAAAAACAACACCUAAGCUCCUGAGGUUGGUUGGACAGACGAGCCCAAGUCACCAAUAUGUUGUAUUAUCUUUGGGAUUUUACUUUCAGGGGCGAUAAUUAGUGUUUCUGUUUUGUCAGAAUUCAGAAACAAAAAGUUCUCACAUAAUCAACUGUCUGACUAGUAUCAAACAGUGGUUAAGGAAGACAAUUUGAAGAACUCAGUUUCCUUAAAGGAGCAAUACAGUUGGAUAUCAUCUGCAUACAGAUGAUACGAUAUGUCGCUAAACUGACUAAUUAUCUGACCAAGAGGAAAUAUGUACAAGAGGAACAAAAUAGGUCCCAAGACAGAACCCUGAGGUACCCCACACGACAACUCUGCAGUUUCAGACAAAAUCUGAUUCACAUACACACUAAAACUUCGACCAGACAGGUAGGAUGAAAACCAUUUUAAAACUGAUCCAGACAUACCAACCAGGUCACGGAGUCUAUAUAUAUCAUAAUAUUAUGAUCAAUAGUAUCAAAAGCUGAUGAGAGGUCCAAUAUAACCAACAUGUAUAUUCUUUCGAGUCAGCUGACAUCAUAAUAUCAUUUGAAACUUUAAGUAACGCCAUUUCUGUGGAAUGUUUUUUACGAAAACCAGACUGUA